GCCGACUAGUGAAAAUUGAAAACAUAUGCUCUCUUCGAUAAUAAUAAUGUUAAGCUUUUUUUUUUCCUUUUUGGCAAAAUCGAAAUCAAUCUCCAAACACUUUGCUUAGUUUACUGGUGAUGAUGGAAGAUGGAUUCGUAGGGCUGAGGCACAUAUUGGCGACUGUGUUCCUUUCUGGUUUUGCCGGAUUCAUGGAAGUACCCGUGAUUACUGACGUUACUGUCACCGCCGUUUGCUCCGGACCCGACGAGUUAUGUUCUCUCGCCGUCUACCUCACCGGUUUCCAACAAGUGGCAAUAGGGUUGGGAACAAUGGUAAUGAUGCCAGUAAUUGGGAAUCUAGCAGACAAAUAUGGAACCAAAGCAAUUCUCACUCUUCCCAUGUGUCUCUCCAUUCUUCCUCCUGUAAUUCUAGGGUACAGAAGGGACACACAUUUCUUCUAUCUCUUUUAUACAGUUAAGAUUCUGACCGCUUUGGUAUGUGAAGGCGCCGUUGACUGCCUCGCCUUUGCAUAUGUUGCAGAAAAUAUUCAUGGCGGAACAAGAAUAUCAGCUUUUAGCAUUUUAGCUGGUAUCAAAACGAUCUCUGCACUUUGCGGAACAUUAGUUGCUCGUUUUCUACCUAUAGCUUGGGUUUUUAAGGUUUCAGCUACCUCAUUCCUCCUUGGCCUGGUGUAUAUGAGAGUUUUCCUAAAGGAAAGGCUAAAUGAUGAUGAAGAUACUGAUCAUCGUCAAGAUGACCACGAGAGUAAUGAUGUUACGAUGUUAGCAGAGCCGCUUCUGAUCGACACAACCAUUAAAACAAGUGCCUUUAACAAGAAGCAAUCUUCAAUGAAAGAUAUGAUCUUCUUGAUGAAGACUAGUACCAUAUUCGUUCAAGCAUUGGUUGUUACAUUCUUCAGCAGUUUCUCAGAUAGUGGAAUGCAGUCCGCUUUCUUGUAUUUUCUGAAAGCACGUUUUGGAUUUGACAAGAACCAGUUUGCUGAUCUCAUGUUGUUGGUUACUAUAAUUGGGUCUAUCACUCAGCUGUUUAUAUUGCCAAGAUUUGCUUCUGCCAUUGGAGAACACAAGCUUUUAUCAACAGGGCUUUUAAUGGAAUUCGUAAACAUGGCCAUUGUCAGCAUUUCUUGGGCACCAUGGGUUCCUUACCUGGCCACGGUGUUUGUACCCGGAGCUAUAGUUGUGAUGCCAUCAGUUUGUGGUAUUGCCUCAAAACAAGUCGGACCCGGUCAGCAGGGGAAGGUGCAAGGAUGCAUAUCUGGAGUGAAGUCCCUUGGAAAAGUGGUGGCACCAUUUGUAUUUAGUCCAUUGACAGCCUUGUUUCUAUCCAACGAUGCACCGUUCUAUUUCCCUGGAUUCACCCUUCUAUGCACUGCUUUGUCUUCGAUGAUUGGUUUCUUGCAGAGCCUAAUGAUAAAAGAUGUUCCUCCUUCACCACUAAACAGAGCAAUCAAUAACACCUCAGGGGAGGAAGUGUGAUUACAGGAGCUUAUCAAGUAUAUAAACAGAAAAGUACUAGUAUAGCAUGUAAGAAGUCAUCAAGUAUAAAAGAGAAGAGGACUAUCAAUCUAUAUAUCUAUAUCAUAUGGCGAAAGAUAUAUUUAUAUGUUGCUAUAUUCAAACAAAUGAUACAUCAUACUAGCUUAUGAAAUCAUUUAUUUCCAAGUUCAG